AUGAUCAACACAUUCAGGACCAUUCCAAAAGCCCUGUUCCGCUUGAGCUAUGGUCGCGAGAUCAACCUUCGUCCGUGGUCACUACAAAGACAGACCAGUUUUGACGUUCGACCUGAUAGCCAGGGUUUGGUUCGACCCAAGGCCUUGACCCAGCGACCGCCGAAUGGAGCCUCAAUGCGCCCGAAUACCACCAUCCAACAAAACCUGCUGAAAAGGAUGAAAGGCCAAAAUGUAGUUGUGUACUCUGUUGCUGAAGGUGUUGUUUUACCUAAUGACCUCAUUAUUGUACAUGAGAGAGGCGAUCACUAUUCCUUACAAGCAACCGUGCCUAUGUCCGUUGAACAAUUGAGUGCCAAGAUCACUACCUUUCUCCAAAGGAGUUCUACUGUUUUGACCAAGGAGCAAUUUAUACACUACUAUCCUCAGGCCACGGACACUUCUGAUAAGGGAAAGGUCUAA